AUUCUUUAAUCUUCUAAGAUUUGCAGAAAAAUGGCUCAGCAUUACCACUUAUCCUCUCUUUUACUACUUGCAUUUCUCAAUUUAUUCUUCAUUUAUGGCAACAUAACUGAAGCGACUGCACGCCACCUUCUAGAGACCCCCCUCCCUGAGAUUCCUAAACCAGAACUCCCCAAAGUCCCAGCCUUGCCAAAGCCUGAAAUCCCAACUGUGCCGAAGCCUGAGCUUCCAAAACCUGAGAUCCCUAAUGUUCCAAAGCCUGAGCUACCAACUUUCCCGAAGCCCCAGUUACCAACUUUGCCAAAGCCAAAGAUGCCUGAGAUUCCCGCAAUGCCAAAACUAGAGUUUCCUCCCUUGAAAAAGUCAGAAGUGCCAACUUUACCAAAGCCCGAGCUACCGAAUGUGCCAAAGCCAGAAAUCCCAGAACUACCAAAGCCAAAGGUCCCAGAACUUCCAAAGCCAAAAGUACCAACUAUGCCAAAGCCUGAAAUCCCAGAAUUACCAAAGCCAAAUGCCCCAGAGCUUCCAAAGCUAAAAGUCCCAACAAUGCCAAAGCCUGAAGCACCAGCUAUGCCCAAGACUGAAAUCCCAGAACUACCAAAGCCGAAAGUCCCAGAGCUUCCAAAGCUAAAAGUCCCAACAAUGCCAAAGCCAGAAAUCCCAGAACUACCAAAGCCAAAACUACCAGAACUUCCAAAGCCAGAAGUACCAAAGAUGCCAAAGCCUGAAAUCCCAGAACUACCAAAGCCUAAAGUCCCGGAGCUUCCAAAGCUAAAAGUCCCAACUAUGCCAAAGCCAGAAAUCCCAGAACUACCAAAGCCAAAACUAUCAGAGCUUCCAAAGCCAGAAGUACCAAAGAUGCCAAAGCCUGAAAUCCCAGAACUACCAAAGCCAAAACUAUCAGAACUUCCAAAGCCAGAAGUACCAAAGAUGCCAAAGCCUGAAAUCCCAGAACUACCAAAGCCGAAAGUCCCAGAGCUUCCAAAGCUAAAAGUCCCAACAAUGCCAAAGCCAGAAAUCCCAGAACUACCAAAGGCAAAACUACCAGAACUUCCAAAGCCAGAAGUACCAAAGAUGCCAAAGCCUGAAAUCCCAGAACUACCAAAGCCUAAAGUCCCAGAGCUUCCAAAGCUAAAAGUCCCAACUAUGACAAAGCCUGAAAUUCCAGAACUACCUAAACCAACUCUUCCUUCACUUUCUCCACCAUACAAACCCCCUACUCCUUGA